UUACUAUAAAGUCUGUUACAGUGGUUGCUUUACUUCUGUUCUGUCUUUAAAGGAAACCUGGAAAGUCCAAUGACAUUGGACAGGGGAAAUAAAAGACCCAUGAUCCAGUGAGAGACAGAGAAGUAACAGAAACCACUCUACCUAACUGAGAAGGAAAAAAAAGAGACUAAGGAACACUCUGAACAUGGCCUCAGAAAUGGUGAUGCCAGCCCCCAUGUGCCUCAUUGAGAACACUGGAGAGCAACUGGUGCCUAAUCAGGAAGCUCUGAAGAUCCUGUCAGCCCAUAAGAAUCCUCUUGUUGUGGUAGCUAUUGUGGGCCUCUACCGCACAGGCAAAUCCUACCUGAUGAACAAGCUGGCUGGGAAGAACAAGGGCUUUUCUCUGGGCUCCACAGUGCAGUCCCAUACGAAAGGAAUCUGGAUGUGGUGUGUGCCUCAUCCCAAGAAGCCAAACCACACGUUAGUUCUUCUGGACACUGAGGGCCUGGGAGAUGUAGAGAAGGGUAAUAACCAGAAUGACUCCUGGAUCUUUGCCCUAGCAAUACUCCUGAGCAGCACCUUUGUGUACAACAGCAUGGGAACCAUCAACCAGCAGGCCAUGGACCAACUACACUAUGUGACAGAGCUGUCAGAUCGAAUCAGGACAAAAUCCUCCCCUAAUGCCAAUGGGAUUGAAGAUUCAGCUGACUUUAUGAGCUUCUUUCCAGAUUUUGUAUGGACACUGAGGGAUUUUUCCUUAGAUUUGGAAGUAAAUGGACUACCCAUCACAGCAGAUGAGUACCUGGAGAAUUCACUCAAGCUUAAACGAGGUACCACUGAAAGUGACCAAAAUUUUAAUCUGCCCCGUCUCUGUAUCCGGAAGUUUUUCCCCAACAAGAAAUGCUUUAUCUUUGAUCGACCCACUCACAGGAAGAAGCUAGGCCAGCUUGAGACAUUGCAUGAUAAUGAGCUGGAUUCUGAAUUUGUGCAACAAACUGCAGUCUUCUGUUCCUACAUCUUUAGCAAUUCCAAAACUAAGACUCUUUCAGGAGGCAUCAAAGUCAAUGGACCUCGUCUAGAGAACCUGGUGUUGACCUAUGUCAAUGCCAUCAGGAGUGGGGAUCUGCCCUGCAUGGAGAAUGCAGUUCUGGCCUUGGCCCAGAUUGAGAAUGCAGCUGCAGUGCAAAAGGCCAUUGCCCACUAUGACCAGGAGAUGAGCCAGAGGGUGCAGCUGCCCACAGAAACCCUCCAGGAGCUUCUGGACCUACACCAGGCGUGUGAGAAAGAGGCCAUCGAACUCUUCAUGAAUAGUUCCUUCAAAGAUGUAGACCAUUUAUUUCAAAAGGACUUAGGGGCCCAACUAGAAAAGAAGCGAGAUGACUUUUGUAAACAGAAUCUGCAAGCAUCAACAGAUCGUUGCUCAGAUUUACUUAAGGAUAUUUUCAGUCCUCUAGAAGAAGCUGUGAAGCAGGGGGUUUAUUCUAAACCAAGAGGAUAUCGCCUCUUUAUCCAGAAGAUGCAAGAGCUAAAGAUGGAGUACCUUCAGAAACCUGGGAAGGGGAUACAGGCUGAAGAGGUUCUUCAGGAAUACUUGAAGUCCAAAGAGUCUAUGACUGAUGCCAUUCUGCAGACGGACCAGACUCUCACAGAAAAGGAAAAGGAGAUCGAAGUGGAACGUGUGAAAGCUGAAUCUGCACAGGCUGCAACAAAAGCACUGGAGGAAAUGCAAAUAAAGAAUCAGCAGAUGAUGGAACAGAAAGAGAGGAGCUAUCAGGAACAUGUGAAACAAUUAACUGAGAAGAUGGAGAGGGAUAGAACCCAGUUGCUGGAAGAACAAAAGAGAACUCUAGCUUGCAAACUUCAGGAACAGUCCCAACUACUAAAGGAAGGAUUCCAAAAUGAGAGCAAACAACUUCAUAAUGAGAUAGAAAAUCUCCGGAGGAACAUGGCAAGGCCAAGGACAGUAUGCGUCAUAAGCUAAAGACUUAAAGAACAGAGAUUUAA